AUGCAGCAAUGCGGCACGCACUGGUCCCAGCUGCUCAUGCGCCUCGGCAUGGCCUCCCUGCUCCUGCAAUCCCUACUGCCCUCCAAAGAGUCCUCGCAGCAUAUGCUUGCAGUAAUCCGAAAAUUCGCUCCGGGCACUCUAGAACGCUACCUUCGCAUCGCAUCGCAAUUCAUGGGCUUUCUCGAUAGCAUGGGAAUCCAAUUCGCACAAGUGUCCCUUGCGGCAGUCUUGGACUACCUUGCCGCGGCCCGAGCAUCGCAUAAGCAGGACCUCGAAAUCCACCGCAUAAGCGCGGCCUCGGCGAUCAAAGCACUGCGUUGGUUCCACAGACACGCGCAAUGGAACGCUUUAUCCAUCCACAUGCAUAGCCCUGUCAUAUCGGCCUACGCAACACAAGGCACAUCCAAAGAUAGGAGAGAAGCGCUGCCCAUACCUUGGGCUUUGGUCGCUGCCUGGGAGCGACAUGUUUGCAACGCAUCGACCCCGAUUUGCACUACACUUGUGUUGGGUGCAGCUCUCCUUGCAAUUCACGCCUGCCUUCGCUUUGGAGACAUCCAGAGAGUGGACUUCGCAUCGCUCUCUUUAACGUCCACCGCAUUGCUGGGGGUGUGCUUUGCGACAAAGACCACCUCACAGGGGCAACCCUUCGCUGUGACUAUUGCAGGCCUCACCGGCCGAGAUCUUUCAUCGUGCUGGCCACUGCAUUGGUUGUCUGCCCUGCAACGCGCGUGCACACCAUUCACAGGCAGUGAGGGUGAUCCCGACUUCCUCUGGGUCAAUACAGCCAUGGACAGCCACGCAUUGCAACAACUUGCCCCGGCGUCAUACUGCACCGCAAUGCUUUGCCUCCGCUGGGCAGCCACCCUGCCUUGGGAGGCCAAGCAGACUGGCCUCACACCGGCCGAAGCACAGCAACUGACUUUGCGUAGCAUGAAAAGCACGCUUCUCGCGGCAGCCGCACAGCGCCGCCUUCGCAAAGACAUGCGCCUGUCAGCGGGCCAUCAUAGGGACAGUGCUGCCCUCUACAGCAGAAAUGAUACAUUCGAUAGUCUCGACGCUCAACACAGCAUUGCCGUCGCCAUGGGCGAAGGCUGGCGCCCCAGCCGCAGCAUGGCCAGAGGCGGCCAGGCUCCCAUACCGGAGCCCCCUUUUGCACUGCCCGGCACUCCCCCCUUGCAAUCCCUGCACAGCAAAGACUUGCUGUCGGGCCCGUGGUCAGCCUUCACAACGCGCCACGAAGCACUGCAUUCGCGGCACCAGGACACGGAACCAUCGUGCGCAAGGCCAAGCACACCUGAAGACACGCCGCUCACAGCUGCUGGGGAGGAUCCCAUAGAACAGUUCUCUCCGGACGAUCCCAUUUCUGAUGGUUCGGACGUGGAAGCGGCCAUGGUGCGGCGCGCUGCCUUGCGCCGCACGCAAAGCUCUUCAUCAGAAGCCGAGGUUUCUUCUGUGUCCUCUUCCAUCGCAUCUGCCGCCAUAGACCAAAACGAUUUGCCCCUCUUCGCGUGCACGGGCCCUUGGAGCUGCUGGCAUUGCCUGGCCCCGCCCGACGCAUCAGGCACACUCCGCACCGCGUGCGGCCUGGCACUCGGCACAGCAUCUUUCACAGCAGAGGUCGUGACGUGCGCCAUGGCCUGUUUCGCCCUUGCCCUGCUGCUUUCUAUGGCAGACGCUUCUGCCGUUGACUCCGUGGAAGCUCUGCAAGGUCUCUUUGACUCCAUGCAAGUCCCUGCUCCGCUCAGCAACGCGGUUCAAACCUUGGGGAUUUUGUCAAUCCCCGACUUCGCUUUCGCAUAUUCCAGCAUAUCCGAGCUUGAUGUUCUUUGCUCCGCUGAGCACCAGCAGGUGUGGGAUGACAUGGAAGUGUCGGACCCCCUCCACAGCCCCGCAAUGGCCAGGCUCCGCCGCUCACUUCAGCGAGCCAAGGCCAUCACGGAAGCAUCCGACGCUGCCGCGCCACCUGCACCGCGAGCACUUGGACGGCGACGCAAUGCCUAG